AUGACCAGGCGCGCCAAACUCCGCAGCAGCAAUGAUUUGGGCAAGUGCUCGUGCGUGCACGAGCAUCCGCUGAGCGUGGACGGCGUCACAGUCAAACUUGCAUUGAACUUGCAUUGCAAUUUUAGGUAUUCCAUAGACCAUAAUGCAGAAGGUGAUGCACUUUUCACCAUCGAUGUUGACAGUGGACUUAUUACAACAACCAGAAGUCUAGACCGAGAGGAGGUAGCCUGGCACAACAUCACAGUGAUGGCUUCAGAGAUCGACAAUCCAAAUCUGGUGAGCUAUGUACCAGUCACUGUCCAGGUCUUGGAUGUCAAUGACAAUGCCCCCUAUAUUGCCACAGACAGCGCUUUGGUUGUGUGUGAAGGCUCCAAGGCAGGCCAGGUCAUUCAGACCAUCAGGGCAACAGACAAGGACAACUUUGCCAACGGUCGGUUCACUUUUGCUCUACCAGAGCGCUUGCCAGCCAGCGAGAAUAAACCUCUGCUCUCUCUGACAGAUAGCAGCGCGAGCGUGUUGGCGCGCAGGCAAGGCUUCAGCCAGGCGGAACAGGAGCUGUACCAGCUGCCCGUGGUCGUGUGGGAUGGAGGAGAGCCGGUCCUCAGCAGCACCAGCACUCUUACUCUCAGGGUGUGUCCGUGCCAGCGAGGGGCCAGGACGCCAGUGUGCAGGGCCCAAGCCUUCCUGUCCUCGGCCGGUCUCAGCACCGGAGCCCUCAUUGCCAUCCUGCUAUGUGUGCUCAUCCUCUUGGUAAUCGUGGUGCUGUUUGCUGCGCUGAAACGUCAGAAGAAGAAAGAGCCCCUGAUCAUCUCCAAGGAGGACGUGAGGGACAAUGUGGUCAGCUACAACGACGAGGGCGGUGGCGAGGAGGACACGCAGGCCUUUGACAUCGGAGCGCUUCGUCAUCCCGAAGUGAUGGAGGAGAGCAAACUGCGGAGGGACAUCCUGCCCUCCGAGUCGCUCUACCCUCCGCCGCCCCUCCGCAGAACCGCGGUGCCAUCCCGAGAGAACGCAGACGUGCGGGACUUUAUCAACCAGCGUGUGCAGGAAAAUGACGGUAACCCCACAGCUCCUCCUUACGACUCACUGGCCACCUAUGCUUACGAAGGUAACGGAUCGGUGGCCGAGUCUCUCAGCUCGCUGGGGUCCGUAUCCUCGGAAGGGGAGCAAGACUAUAACUACCUCAGCGAGUGGGGACCACGCUUCAGGAAGCUAGCAGACAUGUACGGCGGAGAGGACAGCGACUGGGACUCCUAACGGACAGACUGUGGAGCGAGACUCAUUUGCUGAUCUGCCUCUACGUGAAGACUGGAGUGGCAGAAUGAGGCAGCCUAAUUUCUUUUACAAAGUGCCCUUUUAUCCUUCUCUUUGUCCUACAAUCAGGCAGCCGGUUUCUCUGUCCUGAUUGGCUGACGAACUUCACGCUCUGGCGAAGGAGGACGUAUCCGUACGCCGACUUCUCAUCAGAAAGAUCAUCUGUGGCGACAUCUUCCUGCAUAAUCCCAGAUCGUUCUGGAAAUGUCUGCAGUUUUUCAUAUCCGUGACCAUCGCUAAAAACGUUUCCUUUGGAAAGCCGAGCAUCUAAUGCAGAAGCGCUCUUUAAAUCCUGCUGCAAAGAACAGUUUAUCAGUUG